CACCAUCUCCUGCCGCCUGCCACCUGGCAUUGAGGGGGAGGCAGCGGUGGUGGUCAGUGUGGCCUGCAGUGAGAAUGUGAUGGCUGCCAAAGCAUUCACCUACGCUGCAGCCGUCACCCCCAUGCUUCUCUCCGUCACGCCCUCUACUGAUGUGGUGAGCAGCACCACCCUCACACUGGAUGGCACUGGCUUCACUCUGUCCGGGGGCACCCCUGAGGUCACCGUGGGGGGCAAAAGGUGUGGCCUGGUCUCCCCUGCUUCCCCUACCUCCCUCCAGUGCAUCGUCCCAGCACUUGGAGGAGGGGAAACAUGAGGUGGUUGUGAGGGAUGCAGUGUAUGGAGACUCCAACAACUUGUCCAUCUCCCUCAUCUUCUCUCUCACCUCACUCACUCCCUCCUCAGGGAGCUUUGCAGGUGCUAGGAUCAUGCUGGCAGGUCAGGGCUUUGACCCGGAUGGCAGCUCCUUGGUGACCUUGUGUGACCUGCCCUGUGACCUUGUGAGCAGCGACAGCACCACAGCCAUAACCUGUGUGGCACCAGCCCUGCCCCACAGUGAGGCGGAUGUGACAUGUGAUGUGGUGGUGAGCAGCCCGAAUGGUUUGUCUGCCAGUCUGCUGGGUGGUUUCACCUACCAACUGGCUCUCACACUCUCCCUCACUGGCCUGGAGCCCCAGCGAGGCGGCACUGCUGGCGGCACCUCCCUCACCCUCACUGGCACUGGCUUUGGGUUGAGCGGCAAUAAGGUGACCAUUGGUGGGUCAGAGUGCAAGGUGACCCAAGAGGGUCCGACCAGCAUCACCUGCAUCACUGAGGCUCACCAAGGGUCGGGUCAAUUCCAGGUCAAGGUCACUGCCCCUGGGAAAGGCUUGGCAGCAGCUCAGAACAAUAGUGGAAUCUUCUCCUACAUCGACCUCUGGAGUUCACCAUUCACUUGGGGCAGCAAACCGCCACCAUCACAGGGGCAGCUGGUGGUGGUGACUCAGGGCAAGACACUGCUGCUGGACCAGUCAACACCAGUGCUGAAGAUGCUGCUGAUCCAGGGCGGCCAUGUGGUGUUUGAUGUGGAGACUGUGGAGGAGCUGGUGUUGUGGGCAGAGUAUAUUUUGAUCGUUGGUGGUGGCUCUCUCAGUAUUGGGUCGGAGGAUCAGCCUUUCCCUGGUGAGGCCGUCAUUGAACUGCACAGCAACACACACUCCACCGAGCUGCCCUUGUAUGGUGCCAAGGUAUUGGCGGUGCGUGAUGGGACGCUGGACCUUCAUGGCCGUCACGUCCCCAUCACCUGGACCCACCUGGCACACACAGCCUCCCUUGGGGACACCAACCUCACCCUGUCCCUGCCCGUCACCUUGAGGCAGGGUGACCAGGUUGUUAUUGCCACCACAGAGAACAGGUUCUACAUGAAGGAGAACGAGGUGAGGACCAUCGCAUCAGUCUCUGAGGAUGGCCUGGAGGUCACACUGACAGAGGCACUGGAGCACACCCACCUCUCCGUCACCCAGACUCUUGGGGGACACACAGUGGAGACACGUGCAGAGGUGGGACUCCUCACCCACAAUGUCAAGAUCCAGGGAAAUGUUGGCACCGACUUCAGUGUGGCUAUUGAGGGCUGUGACACUUCUUUUAGGCCUGACCACCCAGUCAUGUUUCAAUGGUCGACAUGGAGACGAGAUUGGCGGUGACCAAUUUGGCGCCACCGUGAUACUGUCUGGAAAGUUCCCUGACCUGGACUUGGUGAUGGGACGCAUUGAGUACGUGGAGGUGACCAAGGCUGGUCAGGCAUUCCAACUUGGGCGGUACCCACUCCACUUCCACCUGGCUGGGGACAUGGGUGGUUCGUACAUCCGCGGGUGCUCCAUCCACCACACCUACAACCGCGCAGUGACAAUGCACGCAACAAACAACCUGCUGGUGGAGC